UGCCGUUAGCGCGGGGCGUUGCGCGUGCCCGGAGUCGCUCCCCUUCCGGGCGCGCGGGCAGGGGGGAGCGGCUCCCCGGCGGCGGCGGCUGCUGCGGACCCGGAGGGGUGGGGGGGGAGGCGGCCCCUCACCAGCACUUGUUGCGGCAGAGGGACGCCGGCCCCAGGGAGGCUGGAAGGGAGGAGGCGGCGCGGGAGCUGCCGCCGUCACGGGGCUGGGAGACAAAGGGAGGCGCCGCCCGGCCGCCGCGGGGAAGGGGCCCGCGGCCCCCCGCCCCCUCCCCGCCGGCCCCUUCCUCCCGCCGGCCGCGGCGCCGUCCCAGCGUUGCCUCGUCCGCGGUGGCCGGGCCGGGCGGCCACUGCGCUGCCACUGCGCGCCGCUUCCGCGCCUCCCCCUUCCACUGCACCGCCGUCAGCGCUCCCCGAGUGUGUCAGCCCGGCCCUCCGCCGGGGCUCGCCUCUGUUUCGCCCCCCUCCACCUGCCCCCGGGGUGGGGUCGGCGUGGCGGCCGUGCCCCUCGCCCCGACUGCGGCGUGGUGCUGGCGGCCGCGGAGCGCCUCGCCGUGUGGCGCUGGGGAGCGCUGCCGAGGCGUCCCGCUGCCCGGGCGACAAAGAGCGGUGAGAACUGCGGCUGCUGGGGACGUGCUCUCGCCUCAGGUAGAGAGCGGAGCGGCCGAGGGGCUUUGGAAGUGUCAGACUCAGUGCCUGCCUCCCACCCCAUCGCUGGCGAAAUUGUUGAUAUUGUUGUUGGAAAAGAUGAGAAAGGCAGAAAGAUUCCAGAAUAUCUGAUCCAUUUUAAUGGUUGGAACAGAAGCUGGGAUAGAUGGGCAGCUGAAGAUCAUGUUCUUCGUGAUACAGACGAAAAUCGCAGAUUACAGCGUAAAUUGGCACGGAAGGCUGUGGCUCGCAUGAGAAGAAAGGGAAGAAAGAAGAGACGUUGCAGGUUGCCUGGUGUCGACUCUGUAUUAAAAAGCCUUCCUGCUGAGGAAAAUGACGAGAGUAGUGAAAACUCUAUAAGUAGUUCUUCUUCUGAUGACAGUGAUGAUGGAACAGAUGAAGAAAUAAAAAGUGAAGAAAGUGACAUUGAAGAGAGGACCGAAAUGAAAGAAGAACAAGACAGUCACACAAAAAGGGACAUGGAAGAAAGAGCAAUAAGCAUAGAAAUUCCUGAAGUCUUGAAAAAGAAGCUUGAAGAAGACUGUUACUAUAUUAACAGAAGGAAACGGCUGGUGAAGCUUCCUUGUCAGACAAAUAUAAUAACCAUCCUGGAGUCAUAUGUGAAACAUUUUGCUAUUAAUGCUGCGUUUUCAGCCAACGAAAGAUCUCGGCACCAUCAAAUGACUCCACAUGCCAAUAUGAACCUUCAUUAUGUGCCACCAGAGAAGAAUGUUGAGCUAUGUAAAGAGAUGGUGGAUGGGCUGCGAAUAACCUUUGACUUCACACUUCCGUUGAUUUUGCUCUAUCCUUAUGAACAAGCCCAAUUUAAGAAGGUGACUUCAUCAAAAUUCUUUCUUCCAAUCAAAGAAAAUUCAACAAACACUAACAGAAAUCAGGAGGAGCUUUCCCCGAGUCCUCCUCUUCUGAAUCCACCAACACCUCAGUCAACAGACAGCCAGCCUACGACAGGGGAGCCAGCCACACCAAAAAGACGUAAAGCUGAACCUGAAAUUUUACAGUCACUGAGACGUUCUACGCGCCAUACCUCUAACUGUGAUAGGUUAUCGGAAAGUAGUGCUUCCCCGCAACCUAAACGGCGGCAUCUUGAGACUCCAGCUUCUAUGCCAAAGCUCUUCUUGCACCUGGAAAAAAAAACCCCUGUCCAUAGUGGAUCAUCUUCACCUAUCACUUUGACUCCUAGCAAAGAGGGGAGUGCAGUUUUCACUGGCUUUGAAGGUAGAAGAAACAAUGAGUUGAAUGAGGUUUUGUCCUGGAAACUGAUGCCAGAGAACUAUCCACCAAGUGAUCAACCACCACCUCCUUCAUAUAUCUAUGGGUCUCAGCAUUUGCUACGAAUGUUUGUAAAGCUACCAGAAAUAUUGGGGAAGAUGUGCUUUCCUGACAAAAACCUAAAGGCUUUAGUAAAACACUUCGAAAUGUUUCUGAGGUUUUUAGCAGAAUACCAUGAUGAUUUCUUUCCAGAAUCUGCUUAUGUAGCUGCAUGUGAAGCCUACUACAGUACUAAAAAUCCUCGGGCUAUCUACUGAAGCUCUGAACGAAGAUUAGAUCUUACUAUACGUAGCCCAUGAUUUGCCACGUAGCUACAAGAUGAAGAUGAAAAAGGAAUUGAAACAACUUUUGGUGUUGAGGAAAUAGGGGAAUCUUCUGUGGUGGUUGGAUUAUUUAAAAGGAAUGGAGAACUUUUUUGGAGAUGUGUGUAGACUGCAUUCUGAAUUGCUUAGGCAUUAAAUGCAACUUCAACUCCAGAUGAACAAAGAAGCCUUGUUCUGACUUCUAAUGCAUAGGACUGCAUAGAACUAUUAAAGGAAGGGAGGCAAAAGCAGAUGCAUUAGCAACAGGACUUUUACAUGAAGAUAGUACAUCAUGCUGGGUUUCAUAUUAGCUUGACCUCUCUAGCCUGAAAAAUCAGACCAUCGCCACAGUUACAAGAGAAUGCAUAACUGGCGUCUCCUGGAUUUUGUUUCCCACAAAUUGCACUUCAUUUUGUGAAACCGCCAUGAUGGAAGAGAUAGCUUAUUGUAAAGGAUUUUUUGGGCUGUUUGGCUAGCAUGACAUCUGCCUCAAGAAUGGCUUUGUUGCUUGAAUGACAGAUGUGUUGCUUACUUUGUGUUUUGCAAAGAUGCCUAUACACUUUCCAUGAUAAGGCUGUCAUAGUUCCAAGAAGAGCAUACCUUGCCAGUGGUCUAGCAUUACAUGGCUGAAAAUGAUUUCCAGAGCCAUUAUUAAAGAACGGAUUUCUACAAGUAAGCAGAGUGUCAAAGUGAUGGUAAUUUAACUGGCAAAUAUUUCUUAAUAAAGUACACAGUGGCUGCUGUUUAAAUGUAUAAUUUUGGCUGUCUAAAAUGUUUGUUCCUGAUUAAUAUUUUGAAGAGUAAUUGCUGACUGUUCAUAGAAUGAGAGGCAGGAGCACUGAUAAUACAGGGAGGGAAGUCCUUUCUGUAUCAUUGUCCUCUGCAGACUUAAAGAAUGUCUCCGCAGACAUUUUUAGGCACUUGAGCUCUGAAAUUUGGAAUUCACUUAACUGAAUUCAUAGCAUUUUGACAAUGCAUUCAGUAGUAAAAAUUAAUCGAAAUACAAUUAUUUGUCUCUGAUUUCAUCAAAAUCUUGUCAGUGAUGCAGAACUCUGGGCUUCAGAAUUCUGUUAUCUAAAGAUAGACAUGGAGAUUUUAAAUGGUGGGCAGAGAACAGAACUCAAGGCUCCAAAUCAUAGGCUAGUGCAUUUAAUCACUCUCCUUUCUGGUUUGGAAAACCUCAAUUAGAGCACCUACCUUUAAUGCAGAACUUGAAACAUUCCUCCUAGAGACUUGCAGAGUCUAGGUGUUAUGACGAAUCAACUUUCAGAAGUACAUAACAAACUUUAGUCUAUAAAGCCAAAGCAAAUCUGAAGUCUGCUGUUGACAGUCAGUAGUCACUUUUCAGAGCAUACUGGUAUAUUAAAGCCUUUGAACUGGAAGGAUAAAGAUUACCUUGGUUUUGGUAAUGGUUGAAGAAUGAAUCUGUUUGACAUGGGGCCAAGCAGAUUUGGUGAUCCUUACUUCUAAAGCUUCUCAUUUAGUGGUAGUACUUUUUUUGUAUUUGGGUAAUACCAAAAAAUUUUAUGGGCUCUUUAGUCUUUCCUAAAUUACAGAAGCUGUGAAUCUCAGCAGAAUCUGGAUACUGCAAAAUCCACAUUGAGGGUGUGUUUUGUUUCUAGCUUUGGGCCCUAGUCUUUUAAAAACAAAACAGUCCAUGGAAAUACUAAUUACUAUCUAGUAGGACAUCCACCAUGGAAUACUGCUUGAAACUGCAUCCUUAAUCCUUUCUGUUGCAGGAAUGUCGCAAUGUGUAUAAUACCUCAACUCUUUUGUUCCACUGUUGGUAUCUAUGAAUACAAGGCAAGUUAGUAGCAGAGUUUAAACCUUGUUGUGUGACUGUUUAACAGUAUAAAAAUGACAGUUUCUGCAUGCCAUGGUUAUUAGUGCUGUCAGUAUUGCUUGGUUAAUAGGUUGGGAUGGUUCUCUCAACAGUUUAAAAUCUGAAAGUCCAGUUAGUGACACUGUACUCUUGAUGUGAACUUUCUUUUGGGGGGAGAGGGGGAAAUGAAUGGGGCUGCCAGUGGGUUAAAUAUUACAAACUAUCUUGCUCUCAUAACAACCAAGAAAACUUUUCUCCGAAGUACCACCUUUUUGCACUUUUCCCUACUGUCACUAUUCUUUUACUACUUUCUUAUUUUAUACCUAACUUUAUUUUAAGCUGAAGUAGUGCAAAAGGCUUGCAAGGGCUUUAACCAGAUUGGGGAAGAGGGGAGUUUUCACUUAUCUUGACAAAAUUGUGUAGAGACUUGUCAGUUUAUCCCUCAAAGUUUUGUAAUUAUCAUACCUUUUGAAUGGAGUAUCCAAAGGUUCGUCUGGAUAGGAGAAGCUUAAUAGUAUAAUUAAAUUGCUAGUGGUGUUCUUUAACUCCUUGAAUGUCCCUGACUGAGACUUUUUGGUGGGAUUCCUGUCCAUCUGGACAGAUGAAAGAGGUUUCUCCAGCCCAGUGUUUGUCAUUCAUUGGUCCCUGUUUGUAGAGCUACUUCUAUCAGUGCUUCCUCACCUGAUUGUCAAAAUGACUCAGAUUAGCUGAAGAAAUUUGAAAAAACUGACUUAAGCAGGCUAGGGAGUGUUCACAUGAGCAAGUUUGCCAGCAGACUUAAGAGACAGUGUCUUGCAGAGGAGGAGCUGAGCUGAGAAAGCAGUUUGGGCAGUAAUGUUUUAUGCUGGCAUAGCUGUUCUGCAUAAUUCACAUGUACUCUCAUUCCAGAUUUAAGGUUUUCUUGUUUGAGCAUUUAAAGAAGUUAUACUAGUAUAAUUAUAGUGUAUUAUUUAAGAUGGUAAAUCUGUUCUCUACAUGCACUUCCCUUCAAGAGUAGAUAUUUAACAAGCUAAAAGGCAGUUCAGCUGCUUCAACAUGAAGUAUGGUGUAGUGUCCUCAAUGUAGCUAGCUGACCUUUUGUGGGAGAAUCAUCACAGAAUAGGAUUAAAAGCAGGUAAUGCAAUUAAUGCGGUGUUUAGGAGUGCACUACUGCCUAGGUACCUGACAUGGGUCUACGUGGAUACUACUAAUUCCAAUACUUAGAAGUUGUUCAUCAGUAUUAGCUAGGAUAGCUGAGUAGCAUUACAAUGUGCCACCAAGUAUGAAAUGGACUCUAUCUGAAGUGCUCUCAGAUUACCAAAGAACACAAAAUAACUUCCAGUACUGUUCAGCUUUAUUCCUAAUUUUAGGCUUUACUUUUAAACCUAUUAUGCAUCAAAAAAAAUUAUGCUGUUCUUUCAUGUGCACCAUCUGGAGUUAAUGCAUUGCAUUUCAUUUUGGUACUGUGUUGAUGCAUUUUUUCAAGUUCCAUUGAAUACUUCUGUUCCAAAGCUCAGGCUUCCACAUACUCAGAUGACCAUUGCAGUUGUAUCCAAGUGCUGUUUUAAAUAUGUUCCAUGUGCCAUUCAAAUUAUAGGCAAUGUUAUAUGUUGGAUUUCAUUUUGCACUUGGUGUGGGCUAACAGCAUUUAUAUGGUAAGCUGUCAUGACUGAGCUGUUCAGUGUGAAUUUGUCAAAUGGUAAUGCAGAAUGACCUUUGAAUUGUGUUCAGUCAAAAGAGAAAAUAAAAGUCUUAUUGGAAAUAAAAA